AGGAUGCGCGGGGACGCGCCGCCGCCCUCCGCGCUCAGUUCCGCCGGCGCUUCCCCGGCGGCUCCCGGGCGCUGACUCCCCGGGCUUCUCCGCCCUCCUUACCUCCAGCUGGCGCCGGGCGGCUCGUCCGCGUGGCCCUGGACCCCGCCGGGAACCGGCCCUCUCGCCCUGGCCGCCGCGCGGACAAUAAAUUAAUGCCUCGCGCUUGAGGGGAGGGGGCGGCUCGGCGCCUUGGUCGCGGCUUUCUCUCCUGGCUGGAGACGGCCACAGCCGACAUGGGCUGCUUCUGCGCUGUUCCGGAAGAAUUUUACUGCGAAGUUUUGCUUCUGAAUGAAUCCAAGUUAACCCUCACCACCCAGCAGCAGGGCAUCAAGAAGUCAACGAAAGGUUCCGUUGUCCUUGACCACGUAUUCCGUCACAUAAACCUUGUGGAGAUAGAUUAUUUUGGGCUGCGUUACUGUGACAGAAGCCAUCAGACAUAUUGGCUGGAUCCUGCAAAAACCCUUGCUGAACACAAAGAACUGAUCAACACUGGACCUCCAUAUACUUUGUAUUUUGGUAUUAAAUUCUAUGCUGAAGAUCCAUGUAAGCUUAAAGAAGAAAUAACCAGAUAUCAGUUUUUCUUGCAGGUGAAGCAAGAUGUCCUUCAGGGCCGGCUGCCUUGCCCUGUCAACAUUGCUGCUCAGCUGGGAGCAUAUGCCAUCCAGUCUGAGCUUGGAGAUUACGACCCAUAUAAGCAUACUGCAGGCUAUGUGUCAGAGUACCGGUUUGUUCCUGAUCAGAAGGAGGAACUCGAAGAAGCCGUAGAAAGGAUUCAUAAAACUUUAAUGGGUCAGGCUCCUUCUGAAGCAGAGCUGAAUUACUUGAGGACUGCCAAAUCCCUGGAGAUGUAUGGCGUUGACCUCCAUCCUGUCUAUGGGGAAAACAAAUCUGAGUAUUUCUUAGGAUUAACUCCAGUUGGUGUUGUUGUCUACAAGAAUAAAAAGCAAGUGGGGAAGUAUUUCUGGCCACGGAUUACAAAGGUUCACUUCAAGGAGACACAGUUUGAACUCAGAGUGCUGGGAAAAGAUUGCAAUGAAACCUCAUUCUUUUUUGAAGCUCGAAGUAAGACUGCUUGCAAGCAUCUUUGGAAGUGCAGUGUAGAACAUCAUACAUUUUUUAGAAUGCCAGAAAAUGAAUCAAAUUCAUUGUCAAGAAAACUCAGCAAGUUUGGAUCCAUGAGUUAUAAGCACCGGUAUAGUGGCAGGACAGCAUUGCAAAUGAGUCGAGAUCUUUCUAUUCAACUUCCUCGGCCAGAUCAGAAUGUGGCAAGAAGUCGAAGCAAGACUUACCCAAAGAGAAUAGCACAAACACAGCCAGCUGGAUCAAACAGCAUAAAUCGGGUAACAGCAAAUGUGGAAAAUGGAGAAAAUGAAGGAACGACUAAAAUUAUUGCACCUUCACCGAUAAAAAGCUUUAAGAAAGUAAAGAAUGAAAAUAGCCCUGAUACGCAAGGAGGCAAAUCUCACGCACCAUGGCAAGAAAACGGCCCCCAGAGUGGACUCUAUAACUCUCCCAAUGACCGCGUGAAAUCCCCGAAGUUCCCCUCCACGCGCCGCCGAAACCCCUCCUGUGGGAGCGACGACUCCGUACAGCCAACAAGGAGGAGGAAAGCCCAUAACAGUGGUGAAGACUCAGAUCUAAAGCAAAGGAGGAGGUCACGCUCACGCUGUAACACGAGCAGUGGGAGUGAAUCAGAAAAUUCUAAUAGAGAACACCGGAAAAAGAGAAACAGAAUACGGCAGGAGAAUGAUAUGGUUGAUUCAGCGCCUCAGUGGGAAGCUGUAUUAAGAAGACAAAAGGAAAAAAAUCAGGCGGACCCCAACAACAGACGAUCCAGACAUAGAUCUCGCUCGAGGAGCCCUGAUAUCCAAGCAAAAGAAGAGUUAUGGAAGCAUAUUCAAAAGGAACUUGUGGAUCCUUCUGGAUUGUCUGAAGAACAAUUAAAAGAGAUUCCAUAUACUAAAGUAGAGACUCAAGGUGACCCAAUCCGCAUCAGGCAUUCCCAUUCGCCGCGAAGUUACCGCCAGUAUCGCCGGUCCCAGUGUUCAGAUGGAGAGCGAUCUGUUCUCUCGGAGGUGAAUUCAAAAACGGAUCUGGUACCUCCACUUCCUGUGACCCGUUCUUCAGAUGCUCAGGGUUCUGGUGGCUCCACGGUUCAUCAGAGAAGAAAUGGAUCUAAAGAUAGCCUGAUUGAAGAAAAAUCUCAGACAUCUACAAGCAAUCUAGCUGGAAAACACACGGCAAAAACAGUCAAAACUGUCCAAGCUUCACGCCUCAAGAUAGAGACUUGACGAUGCCCGGGAAGAGGGGCCUGGGAUUGGGGGUGGGAGGGGGUGUGCCACCUGUACUUUCAAACUGUGAAUUGUAAUUAUUCAAGUAUCUUGGACCUGCAAGUGUUUCUUCGGAAAAAAAAAAAAAAAUCAAACCUUUUGCGUCUUUU